AUGAGUGAGUGUGUUUGUGUGCAGGGAAUCAUGUCCGACGACGCUGUCCUGGCUGCAGCUCUGUGGAGGAACCUGUUCAGCUGUCAGUGUGAGGACCCCAGACAGCUGGAGCUGAUGGUGGAGUACGUACGCAAACAGAUGCAGUUCAUCGAUGCUCUGGACGCUGACGACCUGCUGCUGACUGGAGAGGUCAGGUGGCGCCCCCUGGUGGAGGAGAACGCUCAGAGCAUCCUGAAGGUGGCCAGACCUACGUACAACGACGCUGGACUGUGAGGGACGCUCCUCCUCCUCCUGCUCCUCCUGCUCCUCCUCCUGCUCCUCCUCCUGCUCCUCCUCUCCUUCUCUCCUUCCAUCAUAUCAUAUUA